ACGGGUUUCAUGGCUGCUACUGGUGUCGCUUCUUUGCAUGUUACAGGUGCAAGGCCAAAUCCAAAGAAUUUGGGGUCAAAAUGGACCACUCUAUGAGUCCACAAAGCAGCUCAUAGCUAGUCAAAGCCUCAAUGCAGCCAGAAUCUGGAACGAUACCCAACAGGCGAUCUUCGAACGAUCCGAGCGACUGCAGGUAGCCAAGGACAAACUGGAUGAAGAUCAGCGAAAGGUGAGUGCCCGCCUGGAGCUAUUUUUUGGAAGUCAGUACAGCGCCGAGUGGCGAACCUGCUCUAAGAAAUACGAACUCCAGGUGGCACACUUCAAUCGGGAGCUGGUGGACAAGUACAGUAUCUGCAGGAAUUCCCUGGAUCACAUAAUGGACCAUUUCCAGCAAGAAAUCGUACUGGAAGCCGAUUUCCUUCGUAAGGCUUCGCUAGAGAUUUCUGGCUUGUCAAAAAUCUGCAGGACUUGGCAACUAAAGCAGCCAGGUUUUAACCACGCCGGUGUCUUGUACUGCACUGUGGCCGGAAUAGGAAGGAUCAAUCAACGAAUGACUGGUUGCUUGGAGCUCUGCGAUGACAUUCUCCUGGAGAUGACCAUGGAGGAUCUGGACACACCAAGCUGCCUUUUCUACCAUCAUCUAAAAAUGGAGUUCGAUGAUGUCUUUGCUCAGAUUGAGUUGUGUGCAAAUAAGUAAGGGGUGAAAAUAAAGUGAAAUGCAAAGAUA